CUUGACGACGUAGUUGUGUAAUCGGUAUAUUUUUAUAAUUAUGAAAACUAUAAAAGCAGAAACUGGAGAAAAACUGAUCCAUUAUAUUGUAAGAGAUACUUUCUGCUAUUACAAGAAUAACAAGACCGAGAACCAUGGCAAAGUACAACAUUUAUCAGAUGCUCUCAAGUCUUCCAUGUCACUUUACAUGGGAUCAACUACGGCUACAAAAUGCUAGGCGUACAGUGCAAAUGAAUAUCGAAAACCUUGAAGAACACAUCGAACAGACCAUCCAUGGUACCGAGGUAGAAUCAUACAACCUGAUGGGCUUCUACAAGACACAGAAGGAAUCCUUCGUUGAAGCGAGAUAUUAUUUCAACAAGGCUCUAGAAAACACAAAGACAGAAGAUGAAAAGAUAGUUGGUCUUGGUUGUCUGGCAUGGCUGACGUGGAAAGAGGGGUCUUCAGAUUCUUCUGCUCAAGAUUUAAUAGUUAAAAAGUUCACUGAAGUGAAACGUAUUCUUGGAGUUAGAGAAGACAGGGACAUUCCAGAAGUUAUGGCUGAGAAAGCUUUCUCGAUUGCUAACAGUGGCUAUUCUGGGAGCAGUUUCCAAGAAGCUCUUGUAUGUAUUGACAGAGCCUUAAAAGAAAAGACCGACAACGUAAUGUUCAAGUUCACUAAAGUUUUUGUUAUGCAGCAUUUACACAAUGCGAGAAAGAAAGAAGUCGACCAACAUGAUCCAACAGUGAACGAAAUCAAGAUGCUUUGGGAAGAGAUUAUCGACAAUUUGGAAAACUGUCCAUACCUAGAUGUAAUGUAUGGCCAAGCUUUGAUUCAAUAUGCAUUGUUUCUGGCCAAGAUUAACAAGCAUGACAAUGGUGUUGAAAGCCAAAAAUAUGCAGAGAGAGCAAGAGGUUGCUAGUUCCAACCAUGCCGUUAUGCGAAAUGUUGCAAAA